UGGAUUUGCAAAAUACGUGCAAAAAUACGUGCCCUGCAGUGCAGGACGGAUCAGAACAGAACAGAACAGAACAGCGCAGCCUGUAGAUUACAUGAACUGCCCAUCAUUCUCAUACACACUCCCUUCGACACAGUCCCCUACAGAUUAAAUGGACAUGGGAUGACCACAAACCCAGUCCACCUAUACCGCGCCCUGCUCCGGGAAUGUAGCUACCUGCCCCUGCCACGAUGUCGCUCAUCCAUGAAAGCCUAUGUCACCGAGUCCUUUCGACGAUGGCUGCCGAAAUACAAAUACACCGGCACCCUGACAACGCUCGGUAGAACGAAUACGGGCAGAGUGCCUGAUUUCCUCAAACAAGUCCAACUCCUCCACCGCGGACGCAAGUUCCAUUCGACCCUCAAACGGGCGAAUGAGGGAUACCUCGUCCCCUUGGAGAAAGUCCUGCGCAUGACCUACGGCCGCACCGGUCCACGGCGGCAUGAAAUGCUGGAAAAGUUUAUAGCUGGUACUACUGCUGCUACGCCUGCAACUCGCAAAAUCGACCAUGUCGACGCUGAGGGCCACAGCGACAGCGACAACAACACCAACAAUGACUGCCACGACGACACCGGUCCAGUUCCCAAAUACUCUAGAACUUGGCACCCGCCGCCCCAAUUCCAAGCCUUGAUCGAUAGCCAAGCUGAGCAUCAACAUCUCUUCGGCCGAUCUGGACCCAACUACAAAGUCAAGAAGCGCUUCACGCCGCCCGCGACCACCACGUGGGGAGAACCCCUAUCAGAAAGGAGGUACAGAAACCUCAAGCACGACUGGCACGUCCAGAAUCUCAAGGCCGUCCUGCCGCCUCUGCCGGAACAGGAGUACAAGGAGGUAUAUGACCUCGUCACUGGCGCUGUUGAACUCCCGGCUCCCAUCCCGCGACGGCCCAAAGCUCGUGUUUCACCUGAAGAGGAAGAUAGGCAAAUCGCCGAGAGACACGCCUCGAUGAUCCACGAAGGUCCUCGUCCAGGUCCUAGGGCAAAGGAUGAUAUGCUCGGCCGCCCGCACCGACUGACUCCUCGGCUCUUCCGUCGAACCUUGGCCCGCGCCGUCCUGAAACAGGCUCCGUUGGUCAAGGCUGCGCCAUCGAGCCACGACGGCCUCGGCAUGGUCUUCGUCUGGGACGAUGGGCUGUGGCAGAAUAUAGUCAAGAACAGCACGCCCAAACAGACGAGGCAGGGCCAGAAAGAACUACUUUUCAGUUGAUCUAUAAGCGCUGUCAACUGGUAGUACAAAGGCUUCCCACACCGUCUACCCAUAUGUUGGCUACACGCCCUUUAAUCUUUUACGUCCAACGACUGCAGAAGGAAAUCAGAAAGGAGUCUACGGGGCCUUUUGAUUCGACGUAUAACAUUAGAAUAUCUAUCCCUUUGAUUGCCACUGCUGAGGCAGCAUCGAACCCAACCGUUGUUGUCAAACGUUCCCCUAACCUUGGUCAAUCAGACCCAAACUCCAAUUCUACUGCAACUUGACCUUGCCUUAAUACCGUGCCCACAGAAAAAAAGGCGCCAGACGACCGCCGCUCCAAAAAUGCAACCCAAAAAUCCCUCGCUAAGCUUGUUAGAAGUCAAAGUCGUCAAUCGUCACGUUCGCUGAUCGGUCAGGAAGCACCACCGAGCAUGGCACUCAUUGCGAUGUACCAUGUUCGACUGGCUCCCCCAUCGAUCCAGCUCAUGUCGAAAUCGGAUUGCGUGAAGAAGUUGUAUGCUGCUUUCGGGUUAAUUAUCGCCAAAUUUGCAUAUACAAUACCUAGCAACUCGUCAAUACCGCUCAAACUUAUCACAAGCAUACGCAGAUCAUACCUUUCCAGCCACCAGUAAUGUCUGAGGCUUGUCGCACCGCGCCAUCGGCAAAGUACGUUGACCAUUCCUCCGUUACAAAUUUCUCUGCAGAAAGUAUCAGUCAGAUUCUCCCAUGGUCGAUAUGGUGACAGUACUCACCUGUUCUCGUCAAGGUCGAGAAUGGCAUGAUCGGGAUCAUGUGAAUGCUGCAACGGUCAGUAUACAGAAACAAAGCCAACAGGUACAAUUUGACCCACCCCUGAACAUAGCUGAGAUCCGUGCCAAAGUAAGUGACAUGAUCUGCUUUAUUCUCAAACAGAAUGCCCGUCACUUUGUUGCCAAUGAACUCCUCGGGUUGAUUCGUAUUGUCGGACGUCAUGAGAAAGUAGCUUUGAAGACUACGCGCAAGAACGGACAGCAUCAAGUUGCCACGGGCUUCCAUCGAGGCAUCGCCAAUGGUCUUGCCCCACAUCUUCAAGCCAUAUGCAAACAUGGCAUCUUCGGAUGACGACUCUUCGUCCUUGCCAUCACCUGAUUCAAAGAGACCUUUGGCCCAGGAGUGCCCAUGAUACCAAUCAAAUGAUCGAAACACAGGGAAAUACUGGUCCAGCGCGCUUGGAUUUGACACAUCCCGGGCCAGCGCGUUCACAUAGUCUUUGUUGUUCGUGAGCCAGGUGGGAUCGAG